GACAUGCAGUGCUGACAAUCGCUGGAAAGACGAAAUCUGAGCACGGAAACAAACAAUGGCUGGUGUGUUGUUUGAAGACAUUUUCGACGUGAAGGACAUUGAUCCUGAGGGAAAGAAGUUUGACCGAGUUUCUCGUCUUCACUGUGAGAGUGAGAGUUUUAAGAUGGAUCUUAUACUAGACGUCAACACCCAACACUAUCCUGUCGACUUUGGUGAUAAAUUCCGCCUAGUUUUGGCAACGACGUUGCGUGAGGAUGGUCUCCCAGAUGAAAGCGACUACGUGCCGUUGGACGAAGGGCAGCCUAGCCGCGCCGAUAGCUUUGAAUAUGUGAUGUACGGCAAGGUGUACAGGAUAGAGGGGGAUGAGAGUCUGACGGAAGCCGCUACUAAAUUGUCUGCCUAUAUGUCCUAUGGAGGUCUCUUGAUGAGGUUACAAGGCGAUGCUAAUAACUUACAUGGAGUAGAACUCAACCAGCAAGUCUACCUACUCAUUAAGAAACUAGCCUUCUAAGGGGAUUUGCAUUUCAAGACAAUAGUUGACGAGGUGUAUAGACGUUUGGUGAAGACCCUUUGGUGUUAACCCAUUGGUGUUGGUGUUUGGCUGAUCUUUACAUCAAUAAAGGCAAACUGAUUUGUCCAUAUAACACCAAAACCAACACGGAACUUGAAAUCACUUGGUGUAUCUUGAAGUUUGGGAGGGGUCAAUAAAAGGGUGUAAUUUGAGGGGUUGACCCAUGAAAAGAAAGACUAAUCAACACUUCCACAGAGAUUUCUUGAUCUCAUUAGCUUUAAAUUUGGUAAAGGUCUUAUACUGUUUUAUAAUUUUAUCCUAUUUUAACAGAACACAGAUUCUACUUACUUUCUGAACUUACUAGAAUAAUUGUGUUAUUUUGAUAAUUAUGUAAGGAUUUAAAGAUGGGGGGUUCCCCUUCCGAAAGGGAAAGAAAGUAACAAGCAGCCAAUGAAAGUUAAAAAUAAAGGAAAUCCUCAUAAGUCAUGACCCUUUAAGAUUUUACCUUAAUGUUAAAAUUGCA